AUGAGCAACUCGUCAGACUUUAUUCAUCUCCUAUCGCGAGAUUACCGUCCCGCUGGUGUAGCUCAAAUCAAAGUAUCAGAAAAAUUUAACAUUGACAAGAGGAAGACAUCAACCGUACAGUUUGAAGAUGAUGUGGAUGUCACCCCCAAUGAGAAAAAGGUGGAUGUCAAACACUCUCGAAUCCUCCACGACUUGACGACUACAGAAGAACCGUCUUACACGGCAAGGACCAAGGGAGAGCAAAAUGAAGAAACGUCUCGACUGGUUCUCCAACUUGUUUCCAAAACUCCGGCCUAUACUCGACAUUUGCAGGAAGAAGACUCAACCAUUGUCAGUGACACGGAGCUCAAGACUUACAUCAAAAUGCCAAAGACAACCAAAGACAACAGUGAAUUCUCCUCUUCUUUUCACAAAGUUGCGCUUGGAGACUGGGAAUCCAAGAUUGAAUGGGAUGGGUACAAGGAACCAAUGAAAGAUGAGAAAGAGGAUGACAAUGAUGCAGUCAAUGUAGAAUCCCCAAACUCUGCUGAAGCCCUCUUGCAAAAGCGCCGCAACCCAUUUCUCGAUUACAUGGACUUUGACAACCUGAUUUCAUGGACAGGUGAAAAAGAAGACGCGGAGGCAAAAGCAAAUGCAAUGCCGCUCAUCUUGGAAUUGGGAGUGGCAGGGCAAUCCAUUGCUCGCCAUGUUUUGCCAUCCCACCGUCCCACACCGUGCAUCAAAUCACUAGAAUACCAGACACGUAUACAGGCCAACUGGACCGGCGAGAUCAAAUCGACUGCCGAGCUUUCCAAAGGAACCUUGAGAGCUGAUAAGGAACAAAAGGAAAGGUUCAUUGCGCAACGUCAGGAAAAGAGAAGACAAAUGGCAAAAGACAAGACCAAUCGUGUGACAGAGGCAAUGGAAACAUUGAACGUACUUGCUGGAGGAAGAGGUCGUACUAUUACUAGUUCUCUGAUGGGUCCAGGAGGAACGGAACGUACUGGACGUCCUUCUCGACGCAUUGGCAAUGCGUCGCAUGAUACAGAGUAUGUGGAGCAACUCGAUAUGGUAACCAAUCAUUCAUUAUUUCGGGAUCUAUCAAAGGUCUCGCUGAGACAAUUUCAUAGACCGAGGUUGCCUUGGACCAUUGUACGAACCAGUCUCUUGUGGCAAUUUGGUAUUCGACAAAGCAGUGGCACUACGAAGGGAGGUUCUGGUACUGGUGAAUCCCACUCGUCAAGUUACCAGGCGAUGGUAAUGGGUACACAUGCUGGUGCUGUCAGUAAAGCCAAAAUACGAAGCGAGGCCGAUCUUACGCCUACCGAAGGAAAUUUGGUGCUGUUGGAAUACUGUGAGGAACGACCGCUAGUUCAAAUGACCAAGGGAAUGGCGUCGAAGAUUGUUACCUACUAUCGCGGAGAUAAGUCACGAUGUCCGGUUUCUGCUGGCGGAGGAGAUCGGCCAACUAGAAAGCGCAGAGGGGGGACAGAAACAGAUAGCAACAAAGCAGACCCAAGGCAGACAGCUGGCAAGUUGGAGAAUAAGCCACACAGGCUGAAAGGACCGAAUGAUGCCAUGAGCUCGACGAUUACUGAUUGGGUUGGAAAGCCUCCGCAGAAGAAUCUUCGAGAAGAUAAGAAGAGUGAAAAGCCUAGCAUCAAUGUCCUUCCUGAAGGUGUGACAGAAAUAUUACAUCCAAAAGUUCAUGGCCCGUUCAUUGGUGAAAUAGAAGAAGGUCAACAAGUAACUGGGUUGAUUAGCAACUUGUUUGUUGCUCCUGUAUUUCAGCAUGAGCCACAACAAACUGAUUUCUUGAUGAUUUUGGGCCGCAACUCUGGAGCGUCAACAAACGGUCGGCUUGAGAGUCUAAGCGUCAUUCUUCGUGAGCUACCAACAAGCGUUUACACUGUUGGUCAAAUUGAGCCUCGCACGCGUGUAUGGGCGCCAAACACUCAAGGAGAAAAGAACUUUACGAAUCCACUGAUAUCAUACUUGAUUGCAAAAGUGCUUACUCGUACGGAAAAUCGAGAUGGCCACGGUCUUAGGCUCGAUGAGAUUCAAGACCGUGUGUUGCCCAAUGUGGGACUUGCAAACAAUGCAUUGAGACAGCGGCUGAAAAGUGUCGCCAUAUACGACAAGAAUACACAGAUCUGGACAUCGAAGCAAAUCGGUUAUGAAGAUUAUCCAGGUGUGGAAGCACUCGGGAAAUCCAUCUCGGCAGAAGGAGUUGCUGCAUUUGAGGUUUCCAACGCAGCAGUCACUCGGUUGAAAGAUCUUGGCAUAUACCAACUGAUGGCUGGUGCACAUGCCUGUAGUAGUGUUGGUGUGGCGAUGGUAUAUCUAUCUGGUCAAAUGAAUGCGGUUCGGGAAUCGGCGCGUAAGAUGAAGGGGGUUCUGAAGGCAGUUACGAACAUGAAGGGCGCGUUGCGAGAAUGCUAUGAAGAAGCAUAUGCAUAUCUCGAGGCGCUAUCCAAGGCACUUAGCAGACGCCAUGAAGUUGCGAAAUUCAUAUAUGAAGAGCUUCAGCUUGCACCGUGGCACCUAUCAGGUGAAUUUCACGAUGUUCACAAGAAAGGUGAGGGAACCGGAAUGAUGAAGUUGACUGGUCUAGGUGACCCAAGCGGAGUUGGACACGGUUUCAGCUUCUUGCGAGAGCAAGAUGCGAAGCCAAGUAAGGCUGUGGCAACAGGUCAAAUCAAUCAGAAAGACAAAAUUACAGGAACAGAAGAUGAUUUGCGAAAGCUUACUAUGAAGCAAAUGGCCGCUAUUCUGAGGUCCUAUGGUAUGGCUCAGACUUUUAUCGAUACAUUGAAACGAUGGGAUCGCGUGCAUGUUAUUCGCGAUCUUUCCACGAAGGCUGCAUCAGACGGAAUUGGUGAUGGACUUGAACGAUUUGCUCGUGGCGAGAAGAUGAAACUGUCUGACCAAAAGCAAAUGUACCGGGAUCGUAUUCAAGUGAUUUGGAAGCGACAAAUUGCAGCUCUAUCCGAUUCUGGUGAUCGUGCCAGUUCUGGUGAUGCUGAUGAUGCAGCCACGGCAAAAGGAGCAGAUAAGAAAAAGGACGAUGCUGAUGAUGAUGAUGAAGACGAUUUAGAUGAUGAAGACGACUUUGCAGCAGAAAUGGAGGAAGAAAUGAUGGAUCGGGCAGAUGCAACAAAGAUCGUUGUAGAACAAGGCGGCGAUGAGGGACGAAUGAGAGCAAGAAUGAUCGAAGAUCAAGACUUGACUGAUGCCAAGAAUUUGGUCAACCUCAAGAAGGAGAAAGCAGAAGCACGAGCCGCUCGCGAAGGCUUGACCAUGAACGAUGAUGCCCCAGCAGCGGCAGGGCCUGGCUUCAACAGAAAGGUCGUACGACGUCGUACCACAAAGACGUACCCUGACGGCAGAGUUGUUACAACAUUCAAAUUCAUCGUACAUGCGGAGGAAGUGGGAAAGAUCAUGGCACGCCUGCAACACGACACGAAGGUGAAAAAAGAUAUAACGGAAAGGCCUGAGUAUCCGCCCGAUGAACGCCAGAUUGGUCAUGCCAUGUUUGAAGAUGAAGACGACUUUGAGUUUUCUACCAAAGGUCGAGGGUCUUCGAAAGGCCGAGGUAGAAGGCGAGGAAGAGCAGCCACAACAGCAAGAGGGGUGAAAAUGAAGACCCAGUUCGGUAAAAUGAGGAAAACAGGUGGAAAGGGAUCAAAAAAGCGAAACAGAGAUGAAGAUGAUAUCGAAUUGUACAAUGCAGUAGCCAGACGAAAAGGUACAAGCAACCGCAAGGAAAGAGGGUCAAUUAGAGAUCGAAGACCGCAUGUUAUAUUUGCAAAUCGCCUCGAGGCUAUCCGUUCACUGGUCGAGGCAAGACCUCAAAGUGGACCAUUUCACCGGGCGGUCGAUCAAAGGGCAUGGCCACGAUACUACGAAGUUAUCAGUGAUCCAAUACAUCUUUCGGCAAUCAGAGACAAGAUUAAAAACUAUGAGUAUAGAACGACCGAAUCAUUCUUGAAAGACUUUCAGCUUAUGAGAGCAAAUGCCAUCAAAUUCAAUGGGGCAGGUACCACUAUUGCAGAGGAAGGUGUCCAGAUCUUCGAAGUUGUCAAAUCUAAGAUCGAAGAGAGUCGGGGCGAGCUCGCAGACUUGGAAGAAGCGGUCCAAGAGCAAAUGAGCACAAAGCCAAAGAAGCAGAGGAAAAAGUCAAAAGCUUCUUCAAAAGCAAUGUCUUCAGGUGAAGCUGCAGCUUCAGGUGACACCUGGGCUGACAUCGAUUUCGACGAUUUGAGUGACGAUAGCGACUAG